AUGCGGCGCAUCUCUCUCUCCGAGCUUCUUUGCGCAAGCACCAUCUUCUCGGCCAUCGCUUCAGCCGCACCGAACUCCCGCGCGGACGACGACGAUGACGAGACUCCUCUGCCUCUGGUGAUUUGGCAUGGCCUCGGGGACUCCUUCGCUGGCGAAGGCAUGAAGUCUGUUGGAGAACUCGCCGAAACCGUGAACCCAGGAACCUUUGUCUACCACGUCCAGCUCGGCCAAGACGGCAACGCUGAUCGAACGGCCUCCUUCUACGGCAACGUCACGGCCCAACUCGAAGAAGUGUGCGCCGCCCUCGCGGCACACCCCAUUCUCUCCACGGCCCCGGCAAUCGACGCCCUCGGCUUCUCCCAGGGAGGCGUGUUCCUCCGCGGCUACAUUGAGCGAUGCAACAACCCGCCCGUCCGCAGCCUGGUGACAUACGGUAGCCCGCAUCUGGGCAUUUCCAAGUUCAAGGCGUGCGGCGACACCGACUUCCUGUGCCAGGGUGCCAUGGCGCUGCUGAGGUUUAACACAUGGUCGUCCUUCGUCCAGGGUAGGGUUGUGCCUGCGCAGUACUAUCGUGAUCCUCAAGCCUAUGAUAAAUAUCUCGAGAACUCGAAUUACCUCGCCGAUGUCAAUAACGAGCGACCUGCCAAGAACUCUGCAUACAAGGAGAACCUCUCUACGCUCUCCAACUUCGUCAUGAUCAUGUUCCAGGACGAUACUACUCUUAUCCCCAAGGAGUCCUCCUGGUUCCAGGAAGUCAACGGCACAGAUGUCACUCCCCUCCGCGACACUGACCUCUACAGGGAUGACUGGCUCGGUCUCCGCGAACUUGAUAGCAAGGGUGCCCUCAAGUUUAGGAGGGUCCCUGGCGAUCACAUGCAAAUCAGCGAGGAGUCGCUGAAGAAGAUCAUGUCUUCGUACUUUGGACCUUUCAGCAAGAAGUUUGGUGGGGAUGACGAGACCGAGGGACACCGUGUCUCGCAAGAACUUUAA